AGAUUCAGAAUGAAUUAGCGCGCGGCAGACAGCGCUGUCGACUGUAAACAUAGCAUUUGUGAUCAGAUAUGGCUGAGGAAGAUAACUUUUUUAAAUCUAUAGUCAAAAACGGUUCGACAUCGUCGGCCGCAAAAUUCGAAGAUUGUUUCCAACUCUUCGAUUCCGAUAAAGACGGAUUUCUGAAUAAAACUGAAUUUCAACGAUUACUUCAACGAGCAUUCGAUGACAGUCAAAUAGAUGAAACUAAAACCUUAGAGUUUCUAAAAGUGCUCGACAAAGAUAAGGAUGGUAAAAUUAACAAAACUGAAUUUGAAACAUGUUGGUUCCACUGGUUGAAACAAGUGUUCGACCCGAAAACCGCUUUAAUUGUGGUCGACGUUCAAAACGAUUUUAUAGACGGAACUCUUGCAAUCAAAAAAGGAGACGCAAAACAAGAGGGAUCGGAAGUUAUACCUGUCAUCAACAAGAUGCUGGAUGAAAUAAACUUUGAUUUUGUUGUCUACUCAAAGGAUUGGCAUCCAAAGGAUCAUAUAUCGUUCGUUGAAAAUGUCUCAAAAAGACCUCUCCAUAAACGUAGUGCUAUAUCUAAUGCUUCCGAGGCGAAAGAAUUAGAUAUUGUUGUGUUUGAUGGAGACAUUGUUAUGGAACAAAAACUUUGGCCCGCCCAUUGUAUUCAGAGCAGUUGGGGAGCUGAAUUACAUAAGGAUCUAAAGGUCGUUGACAAUUCCAUAAAUAUUAACAAGGGUACCAACCCAAAUAUAGACAGCUAUUCUGCAUUUUGGGAUAAUAAAAUGCUGUCCCAAACUGGUUUAGUAAAUGAGCUUACCAAAAGAGGAAUAACUGACGUUUAUGUUUGUGGUCUGGCCUAUGACGUGUGUGUUUCUUCAACGGCUAUUCAUUCAAUUGAACACGGUUUUCGAACAUUGAUUGUUGAAGAUGCUUGCAGAGGUUUGAAAGUAAACACUAUCAACCAGAUGAAGGAUAGAUUUUUAAGGAAAGGCGGCAUGAUUAUCCAAUCUUGGGAGGUUCAGCCUAUAGCAGGAGCUAAAAAAAGGCCUGUUACACUUGGAUAUCAAGCUGCUCUCAAUAUUGCCAUGGCUAAAAACUUGGUAAUGACCGAUUCUAGAAAGCCAAAUGGCACCAAAUCGUAGAAUAGAUGUGGUGAUAGAAAAGAAAAAGAGAUAAUAUUCAGUUUCUUCCAAUCAUUUUUAAAGCAAAAAAUCUAUUAAAUCAUCAUGUUGAAAAAGUUAUCGCAUUCUGUGAUAUUACGAACGAAAAUCUUUUCUAUAUAAUAGUCAUCCUCUUUGAGUUUGAAAUUACUCUGUUAACGAGUGAAAGACAAACAAGUGCACCAGAAAGGCACAGUUGACAUGCAUGCUUGUAAAACUGCCAUGUUUAUUAUUAAGUGUCAUUUGCAAAUUAUAUGGCUUUUUGCGUAUAUUCAAUAAAGCUUUGAAGAAAGAGCACAUAAAUUUAAAAUAUUAUAAUAAAUAAAUAAUAAUAAUCCAGUUCUGAAAAACAUCUUAUCCAUGAAAAUUUAUCCAAUCUACUUAACCGACCAGGCGUCAAAAUAAUCGAUUCAUUUCACGUUUCUCACGCAGCUAAUAAUUUCCGUUGAACGAACAAUAGAAUCAUAAAUUUUCUUAAUACUGCGUCUACUUCUCUAUGGAGCUCGUCAGAAAAGAAACUUCCAUCUUCGAAUAAAACCUAGAAAUCUAUUCUAUUCCUAUGCAAUAUGAAAUUAAAAUUAGCAUUUGUUUUCCAUUGUAUUUAUAUUUUUAAAUUUCUACAG